AUGUUCCGUGCGCUACAAUCGACUCGCUCACUCUCAUUCUCAGCGGUCAGCAAGCAGGAUCUCGUCCAACAAGCUUUCAUAAAGAAGAUUCGUGAGUAUGCGCAGAAAGGUGGAGAUCUCGCCAGCUCGGAUCCUGCUGUUAAGAAAGCCCUUACCGACGAGCUGAACCGACUUGCUUCCAAAUUCCAGCUGGCUAAUGCUGAUGUCGUUGGCAAACUUCCUACAACUUUCGAAACUCCGAAGGUUGACUCAUCUGUACAACAACUACUGGAAGGCAAUUCUUUGAGCAAAAUGAUAGAGGAGGUGCAGAAGGAGAAGGCUGAUUAUUUGGCAGCUAGAGAAGCGAAAAAGGCUGCUGAAGCCGCUCGUCUUGCAGCUCUUAAGCAAUAG